CCAGCAUGCUAAGCCAAGUGACGAGUCCUAUUUUUCCAAAACAAACACCCAAAAAAAGAAGAAGACACCAACACAGCUCACGCGUUUUAGUCUCCGACAAAUCUUCCUUCCAACAGAUCUCUAUUUCCAACCGUCAUCUAUUUUCCCAUUUUUGGUCACAAUAACUCACCAUUUUCGGACUCUUCUCUCUCUCUCCCCAAAAACAAAAAAACUGAAAAAUUACGCCACCAAACACGAAGCGACAAAACAAAUACAAUACUACCAAAAUUUUUUUAAAAAAAUCUAGGGUUUUCAAAUUCUCUCCUCUGUUUUCCCCUCGCUUUUCCCUCCGUUUCCUCAAUCUCCAAGCUGAAGAGAGGUCGCCAUUUUUGUUUUCCCUUUUUGUCUGGUUGUUUUCCAAAUCGUUACGGUCCUGUAUUUUCUCGAGAAAAUAAUUUGGCGCGAGAAAGAUUUUCUCAGAAAAUUCACCUACAUGGAGCUUCUUUUCCCCUUUGAUUUUUGAAACUCUUCCAAGAGUGGUUUGAUUUUUAUUCAAUCUGGCUGCAAUAUUGAAAUAUGGAUUUGGAAACAACGACGAGUCUGGUCAAAUGUUGCGACUGUGGGUGUAGUAAUUGUUCUUUGAUGAACCGCUCUUUUUCGGGGACUUGGCUUCGGUCUGUGAAGCGAAAGGCAGAUGAUUUGGAGGAAGGCAAUAAAUUCACUAUUCCGGGUCUUAAUUUUCAACAGGUUGCUCGAGUCGAGAUUGAGAAUGAAUGUGUUGCGCUGCGUGAGAUGGUUAGCAGCCAACAACAAACCAUUGAGGACCUUUUUAUUGAAUUGGAUGAAGAGAGGAAUGCAUCAUCAUCUGCCGCAAAUGAGGCAAUGUCAAUGAUUUUGAGGUUGCAGAGGGAAAAGGCUGAGACUCAGAUGGAGGCCCGUCAAUUCAAGAGGUUUGCUGAGGAGAAGAUAGCACAUGACCAACACGAGCUUGCGGUGUUGGAAGAUUUGUUGUAUAAGAGAGAACAAGCUAUUCAAUCUCUCUCUUGUGAGGUCCGGGCUUAUAAACUUAGGAUGAUGAGUUUUGGACUUACAGAGGCUGAGGCAGAUGGGGAGAAAAGUGGCUUUACCCGUAACAACAGUGCAGUUGACCUCGAUCCUCAAUUUGAAUCCCCCACCUAUGAUUAUCCACCGCUCAAAUGUAACUUGAGCAAUAACCAAGCUUAUCCAGAGAUUGACAAUGAUGUAGCUGAUGUUGAGAAAUAUGUAUUUGGUGAAACCCCGCGUUCUCGGGAAAGUUUGAAGGAUCUGGAAUACAGGAUCAAUCAACUGGAAAGGAGCCCUAGACACAAUCAACCGGAUGGUGAAUUUCCUGGUACAAAGAAUGUGCUUGAAAAGGUGACAGUUGGAAAUUCUCCCAGGCGAUUUAGGCAUUUUAGGAGGUUUUCUACUGAUAGUUCAGGCUCAUUCUCUGCAACUGUUAAAGAAAUGGCUCCAACUUUUGCCCCGGAUUCUCCCAGGCUUGGUACCAGUUUCCGGAAGACGGAGUACUUUCAGACAGAAGACUACUCCAAUUUGAAAAAGGUGGAUAGUGCAUCUGAAAUUGGUGACGACAUGAGCGACAGAGUAUAUACCAUUGAUUCAGUUCAUCAAGGAGUACCAUAUAAUGGUGUUAUGGGGCCCAAGACUUCUAUUGGAAUAUAUGAAGAUUAUCCAGCUACUCCAAGGGAGUCACUAAAUCGGACAGAUAUGGAAGAUCCUGAUAUCAAAAAGUUGUACAUGAGGCUUCAGGCACUUGAGGCUGAUAGAGAAUCGAUGAGGCAGGCGCUCAUUUCUAUGCGGACAGAUAAAGCACAACUGGUAUUACUGAAGGAGAUAGCUCAACAGUUGUGUAACGAAAUGUCACCUGGAAGGAAAAUUCCUGUGAAGAAUUUAUCUGUUGUUCGGAGCUUUUCUUUCUUGUCAAUAUUCAAGUGGAUCUUGUCCUUCGUUUUGUGGAAAAGGAAAGCACGUCGAAGCAAGUACAUGUUUGGGCUGUCAGCGAACAAUGCAGGCUUGCUAACGCUUCUAGACAAAGGCCCUCGCAUAGGGCAGUGGAGAUGUAUUAGAAGUACACAAGUGUGAAGCUGGUUCUCAACCUUCCCUAUCCAUCUAUGAAGCCUUUGCCAAUCGAUGUAAAUUCCACUAUUACUUUUAGAUUUUGCAUUCUUUAUCUGGAUUCCUUGCUGCAGAAUUGGGUGUGCAGUGUUCUUUCGCUUCGUUUUCUUCAGAUUGAAUACAGAGCUGCUGGUUCGAUCAGUGAAACAUGGAUGUGGUGUACUCGUAUAUGCUUUUGUGCUCGAGGUUUGAUGCAAUUUGGCUCGAGGUUUGUGUCUUUUGACACUCCUUUCCUGCCUUUUACAUUACAGAUUCAUGUAUGCUUCCCAAGACAAAUAUGCCGUGCCUAUUGUUUCCUUUUAAGAACACUUUAUUCUUCAACUGUAAUUAAAUGCCGCUUUCAUCA